GAGAGAUCAGAACUCCUUGCUGUGGGCAUAUUGUUGAAAGUGGAGGUUAAAAAGAGAAAUUAGAAGAAGAUGCGAGCCAGCCCCAUCCGUAUCCCAACCGUUAGCAAUGAUAUCGACUGGGGUUUCUGCUUCCGUUCGUCACAGCAAACCGAGAUCCCAGCUCAUCAGCAAACAGAUGAGUUGUCUCCCACUGGUGGGUCUGAGGAGAGUGAAGAGGAAACGAAAGAGGAGGAGGAGGCCAUAGACUGUAUGUCUCAUCCCAAAGAGAAAUUAGCUCAAUCCCAGAAGAGAGUAGCUCAGCUGAUUAAGGAAAAAAUGAAUACUCAAGCAAACAAGGAGCUGAUUCGAUGUGUCAUCCUUUCUCGGAUUAUUUUUGGGGACCAUCACUGGAAAUGUGCACGAGCUGUGACCAAGCUAGCCUAUGGCUACUUGACAUUGAGAGGCCUCCCAGUUCAGGCCAAAAAACAUGCUGUGUCCGCUAAGAAUACACUGUUGACCUGGAAGGCAAAUACGACCUCAGAUAAGGAGAAAGAGGAAAUCCUGGAAGCUCUGGUCAUGCUGUACUACACUCUAGGGGUGGCCUGGCUCCUGCAGAACCGUGGCAGAGAAGCCUAUUUCAACCUGCAGAAGGCAAAGAGAAACAUGAAGGAGCUGAAAGAAUUAUAUAAAGGAGAUGUUUGUGAAUUAGAAGUUUCUGAGAAAGACCUAACACUUGCUUUGGGCAGAGCCUCCUUGGCCAUCCACAGGCUGAACCUAGCUCUGGCAUACUUUGAAAAGGCUAUUGGCGAUGUGAUUGCUGCCAAGAGUCAUAGGACGUCAGAUCUGAUCAGCCUGUAUGAGGAAACUGCUCAGAUUGAGCAGCUGAGGAAGAACCACAACCAGGCCAUCCAGUACUUGCAGCAGGCUCAUUCUAUCUGUGUUUCUUUGUUCACUGAAGUCAGCCCCAAAACUGCAGAAACGAGUGCAUUACUGGCCAAAGCUUAUGCCAUGUCUGGAGAGGCCCACCACAGGGGUAGGUAAAAGAGAUAGCCUUGAAGUUAUCAUUUUUCAGUCACAUGAGGAAAGCACAUUGGCAUACAGUCUGAGAUUCUAAUCAGCUAUUUAUUCCUGUAAUGGAAAGAUUAGGCUGAUCACAGUCUCAUACAAAAUCAAUUACACAUUAAUUUAGACCUGAUACUAUACCCUCACAUUUGUUGGAAUGUCAGAAACAAAUAAAUCAUCUGAUUUCUAUAUCCUUUCUUUAUUUUGAAUCUCAGCAAGAUUUGCCUUCCUAACUAGUAGAGAUCACACACACUAUGAAUGUGGCCUGUGCAGGAUUCGUUGAUGAGGAAAUUCAGUGAUAAAUGGCUCCCUGUCUCCUCCUCCACUUUCAGUCUCCUUGACUCUUUUACUCUGGCUUACAAGAGAGAAUGUUUGCUAGCAGAGUUUUCUUGACCCAUAUUCAAUAGUUAGAUACUGUGGGUUCCAGAGAAAACCAACUGAUUAAUUUAUGCUUCAACAAUAGUUCUUUGUCUGGCAAGGUCAUCUUUUUGAAAGUGGGUGGCUUUGGAGAGACACAAAUGAACCAGCGAGGGAGGACAAUAUAUCAUUCUCUGUUGACUUGAUCAGAUUAAUGGACACUGAUGGAUUCAAUGGUCUGUCAGGAGGAAUUUAGGCUCCAUGAAGAAUGUAACUUGAUCAUUUAAAAAAAUGUCUAUUUUCUCUGCUUAUAAAUGUAACCUUUUUGUGUAUGUUAUUUUCCACUUAGGGAGAAGGGUAGAAUUAUAGAGAAAGCUUUGCAUCCUACUUUUUUCAAUGCUUGUAUUCUCCAUGUCAUUAAAUAAACAUUUUUUUUCAAUUU